AAUCGCAAAUUACCAAUGUCGUCAAAAGCGAACCGGAGUACGACCCGAUAAUGUGAAUGGCUUGGUCUUUAGCGGUCCAACCGAAAUUAGACCGUUAGAGAACCAAUACCUAAUAAACAAUAAGUAUAAAUGGUAUACACUUCUUAAUCAUGGUAAACCAUGACUAAAUUAGUACAUUACACUUUUAAGUCUUAACAAUUCUAUAACAAGAGUACCAAAAGUUCUAAAUUCCGGUCUCACCAACUUCACAAUUGAAUCAAAGGCCUCCUGUUCAAUGUUAAAUUAAUAAUUUGAAGUAGUGGAAGCAGUCUCACCAACUUCACAAUUAGUCAAUCAAAUGUUUAAUUUACCUCGCGUCGGGUGGGAGCUGCGGAGUGGGAGCUGCUGGUAGGAGCUGCGGAGUAGAGACCGUCGGUGGGAGAUGGUGUGGAGGUGAGACGGCCAGAGCAGGGGAGAUGGGCUAGAGCAGGGGAGAUUGGGUAGAGUAGGGGAGAUGCUUUGGAGAUGGGCUGGAGCAAGGGAGAUGCUACGCGGAUGGGGACGACGCCGAUGGGAAGCUCUACUGGCGACGAAGAGGGACGACGAAGCGGGAGGAGGGGAGCUGCUACCGGGGAUGCCGACGGGGAUGGCGAGCGGGAAGCUGGUUUGAUGCGACUGGGGAUGCCGACGAUGUCGACGGCGGGAAGUGUCGACUGCGGCAGGUCUGGCGCCGCUCUUCCCUAUUUGUUCGCGAAGAGACAAAGGACGGUUAAUUAAUUGGUCCGAGCCGGUUUUAUGGCCGAGUGACGGCUUUAGCGAUCCGGCCGGCUCGGCUCGGUCUUGACAACACUGCAAAUUACCAUACAAAUUGUUCAACACAAAUCUAGAAAACUCAAGAAAAUUGAAGCAAAUCUCAAAUUAUCUAUAAACAAUAUAAUUAAUUGAAAGCUUCUUCCUCCUUGUCAAUUAAGUUUCUUCACUCUCCACUCGAUAAUAUCAAUUUUACUCUCCACUCAUAUCAAUUUCAUUCUUCACAAACAUAAAGAAGAUUAGUAGUUAGAAUAUUAAAUAUAUGGGCUAAUACCACUAGGAAACGCGAACUAUUAACUUUGUGCCAUUUGUGUCCUAAAGUAUCCGAUAUGACAUUUGUGUCCUAAAGGACCUAAACUAUUUUUCCGUUAGAGUUGACUGGCGUUGACCGUUACUUUUUAACAGAAAGUCCAGUCAGCGUUGAUGUGAAAAUUGAUUUUUAGUUACUUUUGCAUCUAAUGAAAAUUUUAAAUAAGA